CCCCUCCCCAACUUCUUCUCCUUCUUCCUGCAGCUUACGGAAGGGGAGCGAGUGCCUCGAACGCCGAGGACCGUGCGCGGUGACGUCACGGAUCGAGGCGCGCCGCUCCGGAGCCGCGGGGGGGGUGUGGUCUACGGGUGGCUAUAAAAGGGCGGCGGUGCGCGCGCGACCGGCUCAGUGCGGCCGGGCACUCGGGGCGGGCGGAGUUCUAGGCGCGCUGUGCGGCGGCUGGCGGAGGAAGCGGGGAGUGGAGCGGGGCCGCCGGGGCCUCUCCAGGGCCGCAGCGGCAGCAGUUGGGCCCCCCGCCCCAGCCGGCGGCCCGGAGAGCGCAGGAAGGGGGCCGGGGGGACCCGCCCCCGGCCGGCCACAGUCAUGAACUCCAAUGUGGAGAACCUGCCCCCCCAUAUCAUUCGCCUGGUGUAUAAGGAGGUGACAACGCUGACCGCUGACCCGCCUGAUGGCAUCAAGGUCUUUCCCAAUGAGGAAGACCUCACUGACCUGCAGGUCACCAUCGAGGGCCCUGAGGGGACCCCUUAUGCUGGAGGCCUGUUCCGUAUGAAACUCCUGCUGGGGAAGGACUUUCCUGCCUCCCCACCCAAGGGCUACUUCCUGACCAAGAUUUUCCACCCCAACGUGGGUGCCAACGGUGAGAUCUGUGUCAACGUGCUCAAGAGGGACUGGACGGCUGAGCUGGGCAUCCGACAUGUGCUGCUGACCAUCAAGUGCCUGCUGAUCCACCCGAACCCUGAGUCGGCCCUCAACGAGGAGGCAGGCCGCCUGCUCUUAGAGAACUACGAGGAGUACGCGGCCCGUGCCCGCCUGCUCACCGAGAUCCACGGGGGCGCAGGUGGGCCCAGCGGCGGGAGCGCCGAGGCCAGCAGGGCCGUGGCCAGUGGGGGUGCGGCCCCCUCCACUGACCCCAUGGGCCCGGGAGGGGCCGACGGUCCCAUGGCCAAGAAGCACGCGGGUGAACGGGAUAAGAAGCUGGCGGCCAAGAAAAAGACGGACAAGAAGCGGGCACUGCGGCGACUGUAGUGGGUUUUUCUCCCAGCUCUACCCCCUCCCCCUGACCCCGACCCCCAACCCCCAACGCUGUCUCUAAGUUAUUUAAAUUAUGGCUGGGGUGGGGGAGGGUGCGAGGGCACUGGGACCUGGAUUUGUUUUUCUAAAUAAAGAUGGAAAAGCAGCUGCUCUGCCU